UGAUUAUUUUAUAAUGUACAAAUAUAAAUAAUAGCAUUUGUUUACAUAAGUUUAAAAUGUCUGAGAACACACUAAAAAAUAAACCAGUCGGAGCAGAGUUUGGAAUAGGAGGAUUAGCUGCUAUGGGUGCGGGAAUAUUUACAAAUCCAAUCGACGUCAUCAAAGUGAGACUCCAAAUGCAAGGAGAGCUGUUACGUCGUGGAACAUAUAAAGUUCUCUAUAAAAAUACAUUUCAUGCCGCCUAUGUGAUUGCCAAACAUGAAGGAAUCACUGCGUUGCAAUCUGGAGUAAGAUCAGCUUUGGUAUUUCAAUUUGUCCUUAAUGGAACUAAAUUAGGAGUUUUUAAAUCCGCACGUUCUCAUGGUAUCACUGUCAAUGAAGAUGGACAGACAAAUAUACCAAAAACGAUAUUUAUAACUGGAGCAGCUGGAUGUUUUGGAUCCGUUUUAGCGAGUCCUUUUUACAUGAUAAAAACCCAAAUGCAAUCACAGUCAGCUGAAAAGUCAAUAGCAACGGGUUUUCAGCAUGGCCAUACAAGUGAGUGGGCGGCUUUUAAAAAUCUUUGGAGAACAAGUGGAAUCGGUGGACUGUAUCGUCAGUGUUUCGCAAAUACUCCAAGGAUAUUUUGUAGUGCUGCGAUACAAUUGACGACUCUCAGUAUUGUUGAUGACUGGUUAAAGCCUAUUAAAAUUUUUAAUGAAAAUUCAGUAUUGUUAACAUUUUGCUCAGCUUUAGUCGGUGGAACCUGCGUCGCAUUAUUUAUGCAACCUUUUGACGCUGUUUCGAUACGAAUAUACAAUCAAGGCACAGAUUCAAGUGGAAAAGGCCUCUUGUAUCGUAACUACUUCGAUGCAUAUUAUAAAAUAUUUAAAAUAGAAGGUCUACUUGGUUUGUACAAAGGAGUUUUUCCCACGUGGUUGAGGAUCGGCCCUCAUACAGUUUUGUGCUUUUGUUUUUAUGAACAAUUAGAAAGUAUUUAUAAUAAAGUGGUAUAA